UUUAGGUUAUUUUCAAUAUUAUUUUAACAUUCUUUCACCAACACGAAUUAAAUUCAUUCCCUGUCAAUUCUGAAGAUGAGUUUAAGUAAAUACGCUGGGUUUUAACAGUAUAUUUUAUUCGUUGGAUUUUGACGGCAGGAACAGAGAAAUCAUGCACUUAUUCUAGAUUUAUUUAUGUGUAUACUGCGUGUGUCCGCGCUGACAGAAAGCGCAAAGGCUGGUGCGUGAGCCCCCGCGAGUCUCAGAUCAGAGCCACUCGAUGGUACGAGUGUUAAAGGAUUGCUCUUCCGGUUAUUAUGAUAUUGGACACUGAACCCAUGGAAGAAUCCUACAUCGACGUCGUGGGAGACGAAAACAAGGACGUCAGAAAACAGCAGCAGCACUUGUCUUUACCUGUGAGGGAGGUGAAGAACGGGCUGGUGUUUCGAUCGCGCGCUGCGUCACUAUCUCCAAAACAUCGAGAAGCUGAGAGGGACGACGGCAGCCCCUCGACGACUUGUGCAAAUGUGGGCAGACGAGGUCCGGCAGUGAAGCCUCCGUACUCCUACAUCGCACUGAUCACCAUGGCUAUCCUCCAGAGCCCAAAAAAGCGCCUCACCCUCGGUGAAAUAUGUGACUUCAUCAGCAACCGUUUCGUCUACUAUAGAGACAAGUUCCCGGCCUGGCAGAAUUCAAUCCGACACAACCUAUCGCUCAACGACUGCUUCGUAAAAAUACCACGAGAGCCUGGGAACCCUGGGAAAGGUAACUAUUGGACACUGGACCCUAAUUCCUCGAACAUGUUCGAAAACGGGAGCUUUCUGCGUAGGAGAAAGCGCUUCAAGCGGCAGUCGCGAUUCGGAAUGCUGACGGAACAAGUGUUGGACCACAGUGGGCUGCCCAUUUUCAGCUACGGUACUUACGCCUCUGCCGCGGCGUGUAUGCAGCUCCCUGGUCCGAACAUAUAUCCUCUUGGCGUGCACCACCAUUCCAACUCGCCGUGCACUUUCACCACCCAACCUGUUCGGAACAUCUUACCGGCGCUGUCUACUCUUUUUUCCCGUAAUUCCUUAGGUGCCAAGGGCUUUGACCCUGCGUCCAUAGCCUUUGAGCAUCUUACAACAAACCGUUGCGCAUUCACCUCGACAUUACUACCCAAUUCUCCGUUCCUGUCCACCGCGCCGGUCCAACCCACGGCGCCUCCCAUCUUGUCGGCUACACAGGAGUACCAGAAAACUCUCCGCAGCAACUCCGAUCUGACAGUUAAAAACUUCAGAGACAGUUAGGCGACCAAAAGUAGUAAUCGCCUGUGUGGGAAAUCAAAGAUGGUUUGAUUUUUUUCAGGUCUCGGAUUAACUGAAAAUAUUGAUUCAGUGGAAUUCGAACCGUUUUGACAAUUUCAUUUAUUUGAAUAUUAUGAAGAGAUCAGUUUCAUGGAUGCAAUUCCCGCGGGGUGUUGAACUGCCACUCUCACUUAUACUUGCUUGAGUGACUAUGGGUUGUCGGUGAACGAUAUUCCUUCAACCAUAACAAGCUUCCUCUCCAAAUAAUUAAACUUUGUUUUUAAAUAAACUUGGAUAUGGUAUUUAAUCAA